UCCGGCGCAAAUCACUGGCUUCAGUUUUUCCUUUUUGUGGCAUCUGAAGAAUAUGUGACUGACUUUCUUUACUCCUGCUUUGUUUUUCUUGUGAAUGUACCCUUAAUAUUUUUUACUCCAUCUUAUUGUUGGCUAGUUGUGAGUGCUCGGUCGUAGCUUAUCCGGGACGAAUGAAGCGCCAGUAUUUCAGCGUUAACUGUAAAGGCGCUCCGACAGUGUCUCCGAUCUCCGAGCAUAUCGAUCUUCUGGAUAUAUUUCGCAGCAAGAAAUGCGUAAAUAUUUGUGCGCCGAUGGUGGAGUAUUCCAGGGUACGCUUCCGCAAUUUAUCGCGCCAGUAUGGAGUGGAUAUCGCCUAUUCUCCUAUGAUUAUCGCGGAGGAUUUCGCCAAUAAUCGCAUACAGCGUCUGGGAGAAUGGGAAACGAGCGAUGAUGACAGGCCGUUAAUUGUUCAGUUCGGGACGAAUGAUCCUGUUGCCUAUGCCGACGCAGCGGAGAUUGUCUAUCCGUAUUGUAACGGUGUGGAUCUGAAUUGUGGAUGUCCUCAAAAAUGGGCCAUACGACGGUGUAUCGGAUCGUGUCUGCUAAAGAAGCCCGAACUCCUGCAGGAUAUGCUACGGCAGCUGCAUAACCGUCUCCCAAGUACAAACUUCUCCAAAACCAUUAAAAUUCGUCUUCAGGAUGAUCUCACUAAAACCGUGGAGUUGUGUCGGCAAGCGGAAGCCGCCGGUGUCACGUGGAUUGCCGUUCAUGGACGCACUCCCGACGCCAUCGUCCUCACCGGUUGCCCGGUGAAUUACGAUGCCAUUAAGCUGGUCAAAGAUUCCGUCAGCGUCCCGGUGGUGGCCAAUGGGGAUGCGUACAACAUGGCCGAUGUCGACAGGAUCAUCGAGCAGACCGGAGCCGAUGGAGUCAUGGCGGCGCGGGGACUCUUGAGAAAUCCGACUAUGUUCGCCGGUUAUGAGAAAUGUCCUUUUCCCGUUAUGAAGGAAUGGAUUGCCAUGUUUGAGGGUGAGACGGACUACCUGGCAUGGACUGAAUGCCAUCAUCAUCUGCUGAAAAUGGUACAACCGUACUUGACCAAAGCCGAGCUGGGGGAAUUUUCCGGCUUGGUCAAGCAGAAUGCGUUAAUCAUGGAGUUUAUGAGGAAUAAACUGCCCGAAUUCGACAAGGUCGAAGGAUAGAUCAUUUUUGAUUUCCGUUUUGGAGUUUUAUUUUUUAUUCUUUGGUCAUGAUUUUGUUCCCUGUGGUAACAGAAUGCGGUAAACUGGGAUAAAACCAGUUGAUAUUAAACUUUAUUGAUCACAUGAAACAGCGUAAAACUUUUAGAAAGAAUUGCAGGUGUGUUAUUUUGUGUUUGUGUGUCUUUGUUGGCGAUGUGUGGAUAGAUUUUUUACCCAGUAAAAUGAAAAUUACCGGAUGCAGUUAGAUUGCUGUAGAAUGCUCAAUCGUGUGUGUACUUAUUUAAUCGUAAAAAAACUAUUU